GUUUACUGAAUUGACGUUUUUAUUACGCCUCUGAUAUGCCCUGAGGUGGAAAUAAAUAGCUACAGAUUUCUCAGAGGAUACAGAGGCAGCGGGUUGAGAGGAUGGAUCAGCUCUCUGGUGUGUCUGUUUUCUCUGCGUGGCCGUGGCUGGACAGCCGCGGUCUGAUCGUCUUCACUCUGGUCUUCUUGGUGACAGCAGAGUAUCUAAGGAACCGUCGGCCCAGCAACUUUCCACCAGGACCCACGGCUUUUCCUCUUGUGGGGAACAUGUUCUCUCUGGACUUCAACAAUGCCUACAGUGAACUGACUAAGUUAACAGAGACGUAUGGAAAUGUGUACAGCCUCAAAAUGGGGCGCUCAUGGACGGUGGUAUUGAAUGGCCUCAACGCCCUGCAGGAGGGUCUUCUCACCAAAGGAGACAUCCUGGCUGACCGCCCAAUAUUUCCAAUCCAUGUUGAUGUGCUCCCUGAACUGGGUAUUAUUUUUACUAAUGGACAUAUGUGGAAACAGCAAAGACGAUUUGCCCUCUUCACUCUCAAAUACUUUGGAGUUGGCAAGAAAUCCCUGGAAUUUUCUAUAUUGGAUGAAUUUAUUUACUUGUCCAAAGAAAUUGCAAAUCAUAAAGGCAAACCCUUCAAUCCACACUUCAUCAUCAACAAAGCUGUUUCCAACAUCAUCUGCUCCCUGAUUUUUGGUCAUCGCUAUGAGUACAGUGAUGAGAAGUUUCUGAAAAUGAUGAAUUUGAUUGACAGAGGGACCCAAAUUGAAGGCUCCAUUUGGGCACAGCUGUACAACGCUUUUCCCAUGCUGAUGAGACGCUUGCCAGGCCCACACCACACUCUUCAAAAAACCUAUUGUGAAAUAAUAAAGUUAAUGAAAACAGAAGUCGAUCAGCACAAGGAAGACUGGGACCCGUCUGAGCCCAGAGACUAUAUCGACUGUUACCUGAGUGAGAUUCAGAGGAUGAAGAAGGAUGAUGAGGUGGAUGCUGGUUUUCAUGAGGAUAACUUGGUCAUGUGUUCAUUUGAUCUGUUUGGGGCUGGUACUGAGACCACAUCCACCACCCUGCGCUGGGCCUUCCUCUACAUGGCAAAGUACACUGAGAUUCAGGAAAAAGUGCAGGCUGAGAUAGACAGUGUGAUUGGACAGUCCAGACAGCCAUCCAUGGAGGACCGUGCUAACCUGCCCUACACUGACGCUGUCAUCCACGAGAUCCAGAGGAUGGGCAACAUAGUUCCUCUCAGCCUGCCUCAUAUCGUCAGCAGAGACGUCCAACUGGGAGGCUACACAAUCCCAAAGGGUGUUACAAUAAUUCCCAAUUUGACCUCGGUGCUAUUCGACAAGGACCAGUGGGAGACACCCUACUCCUUUAAUCCAGGACACUUUUUAAAUGAGGAGGGCAAACUUGUGAAGAGAGCUGCUUUCAUCCCUUUCUCUGCUGGCAAGCGGAUUUGUCUUGGGGAGAACCUGGCCAGGAUGGAGCUCUUCCUCUUCUUCACGUCUUUAAUGCAGCGCUUCACCUUCUCCAUGCCUUCCGGGGUGGAGCCUGUGCUAGAGCCCCGGAUUAGCGUCAUUCUUUCCCCCCGCGAAUAUGAAAUCUGUGCCACACUACGCGAAGUGUGAUACCCCCCCCCCCCCCCCCCACACACACACACACACACACACACACACACACACACACACACACACACACACACAAGCUUUCCGUCAUUUCUUAGAUGUAUUCAGAUUCAUUAAACUGAGUGAAGUGUCAUGGUUUUAUUUGUGGCCUAGUGUACAUCUUAAAGCUGCAGAGAUAUGUUUGGCCACCUGGGGGCAGUAAUAGUCAACAGCAAGCUGACACAAGAGGGCCGAUAUCAGUACUACAUGGUGAUAAGAAUAUAAUAUAGCUGUAGUUCUGCAGUUCUUUUAUGUCACCUGAUUCUGAAACUAAUGCACAAAAGUACUGGUAUUGUAAGUUGUUCUGUGAGAUGGUUAUCUAACCUCUGUCAUUCACACAGCAAUUCUAGUUUGAAGUCUAAGUUGUUAACUUCAAAAACAUGUAAGUGUAUUUGUGUGACCGUCUUUAUGGAUGGUCCUUAAAGUCAACUCUUUCGUAAAAAGACAAUCAAUGUAAAAUGUAACAACUUUCAACUUACAUAUACAAACAUUGCAAAUAUGGAAUCCAUUGUACAUUUCAUAUACUAAGGAAUAUUUCUCAUGAAAUGUAAACAGCAUGAUUGUGUACAAAACUAAGAUAAAGAUCAUUGUCGACAUACAAACCAAAUAAACAUCCUUUAUGAUACAA